CACCCGAGGGCUCCCGGGCUCACCUCUCCUCGCUCCACCCUCGGCCCCGGGAUCGUGCGGGAGCCGAGGACGCGGUGGGCGCCCCCUCCGCGGAGGACCGCGGAGUUGCGGCCUAACUAGGAUGGAGGUGGGGGUGCGCCGGCAGGGGUGCGGGGAGCCCCUGUUGCUUCUCCCCUCGGGGGGGUGGCUAUUCGGCAGGCUCGGGGAAGGCGGGGUUUGGGGGGCCGGGGGCGGGGCUCCGGCGCUGGAGGAAGGGGGGGCCGCGCUGGCUCCGGCUCGGCUCAGACAAAAGGCGGCGGCGGGAGCGGGCGGGAGGCGGAGCGGCGCCGCGAGGGCCUCAAGGUGACACCCGCCCCCGGCCCCGGCCCCCCCGGCCCGGCCCCCCAGCCCGCCCCCCCACCCCCAGCCCCCCGCCCCCGCCCCCCGGGGCCCUGCCCAGGCCCCCUCCCCCCGGCGGGGGGUGGGGAGCAGCGAGGGCCCCGCCCCCUCCCGCCCCCUCCCCAGGGCCCGCGCAGGAUGCCCGCGGCCCCCGGCAGCCCCCCGGGAGGCCCUGAGCUCCGCGCGCCCCCUCUACGCCAUGUCCCCCCCUGGCUCGGCCGCGGGAGAGAGCGGCGGCGGCGGCGGCGGCGGCGGCGGCCCGGGGGUCGCGGAGGAGCCCACGGCGGCGGCGGCGGAGGGCCCGGCCCGCGAGGAGCAGCGACCCGUCCAGCCCUCUUUCACCAAGUCCCUCUGCCGUGAGUCCCACUGGAAGUGCCUGCUGCUCUCGCUGCUCAUGUACGGCUGCCUGGGGGCCGUGGCCUGGUGCCACGUCACCACGGUGACCCGCCUCACCUUCAGCAGCGCCUACCAGGGCAACAGCCUCAUGUACCAUGACAGCCCCUGCUCCAACGGCUACGUCUACAUCCCCCUGGCUUUCCUGCUCAUGCUGUACACCGUCUACCUGGUGGAGUGUUGGCAUUGCCAAGCCCGCCAUGAGCUACAGCACCGCGUGGAUGUGAGCAGCGUCAGGGAGCGUGUGGGGCGGAUGCAGCAAGCCACGCCCUGCAUCUGGUGGAAGGCCAUCAGCUACCACUACGUGAGGCGCACGCGCCAGGUCACAAGGUACCGCAACGGAGACGCCUAUACCACCACCCAGGUCUACCACGAGCGCGUCAACACCCACGUUGCCGAGGCCGAGUUCGACUACGCCCGCUGCGGCGUCCGCGACGUGUCCAAGACGCUGGUGGGGCUGGAGGGCGCGCCGGCCACGCGGCUGCGCUUCACCAAGUGCUUCAGCUUCGCCAGCGUGGAGGCCGAGAACGCCUACCUGUGCCAGCGCGCACGCUUCUUCGCCGAGAACGAGGGCCUGGACGACUACAUGGAGGCGCGCGAGGGCAUGCACCUCAAGAACGUGGACUUCCGCGAGUUCAUGGUGGCCUUCCCGGACCCGGCGCGGCCGCCCUGGUACGCCUGCUCGUCGGCCUUCUGGGCCGCGGCGCUGCUGACGCUGUCGUGGCCGCUGCGCGUGCUGGCCGAGUACCGCACGGCCUACGCGCACUACCACGUGGAGAAGCUCUUCGGCCUGGAGGGCCCCGGCUCGGCCAGCAGCGCGGGCGGCGGCCUGAGCCCCAGCGACGAGCUGCUGCCCCCGCUCACGCACCGCCUGCCGCGGGUCAACACGGUGGACAGCACGGAGCUCGAGUGGCACAUCCGCUCCAACCAGCAGCUGGUGCCCAGCUACUCGGAGGCGGUGCUCAUGGACCUGGCGGGGCUGAGCGCGCGCUGCGCGGGGGGCGCGGCUGGGGGCUACGCGCCCGCCGGCCGCUACGGCGGCGUCGGGGGCCCGGGCGCGGCUGGCGUGGCCCCGCUGCGGCGCAGCUGCGAGCACUGCCAGCGCGCGGUCAGCAGCUCGUCCAUCUUCUCGCGCAGCGCCCUGAGCAUCUGCGCCAGCCCGCGGGCCGGCCCGGGGCCCGGCGGCGGCCCGGGUUGCGCGGGCAGCCGCUUCUCGCUCGGCCGCCUCUACGGCUCGCGGCGCAGCUGCCUGUGGCGCAGCCGGAGCGGGAGCGUCAACGAGGCGAGCUGCCCCACGGAGCAGACGCGCCUGUCCAGCCAGGCCAGCAUGGGCGACGACGAGGACGACGACGACGACGACGAGGAGGCCGGGCCACCGCCGCCCUACCACGACGCCCUCUAUUUCCCCGUGCUCAUCGUGCACCGGCAGGAGGGGUGCCUGGGCCACAGCCACCGGCCGCUGCACCGCCACGGCUCCUGCGUAGAGACCUCACUGUGACCGCGACACCCCUCCCCGCGCCCCGCAGCCCCCCGCGCCGCCCCUCGCCCCACCGUGCCCCCUGCGCGCGCGGCAGGGGGUGUCGCGGGGAAGGGGGACGGCCGGGGAGGGAGGGCGCAGGGGACUGACUCAGAUGGGGCGGGGACCACCCCAUCCCCGCUUUCCUGUACAUAGACGGAUGGGUGGGAGGGGUUAGAGCUUCCGAGAACCCCAUCCUAGCAGAUGGUCACUUCCAGCCCCGCCCCUGUGUCCCCCUGGGGUCGCCCCUCCUCCCUUACACGCGCGCACACACACAAGUCCAACCUAUCUACUAUUGACUGUUACGUGGCUACUGGGCUGUGGGGAUCCGUGCGGGGCCUCAUCUGCAGUCAGAGACCCCUGACGGGCAGCCGGGGAGCUUGAGGGGCAGUGGGGAAGCGAGUUGGGGGCCGUUUCUCCCUCUGCUGCCUUGCCCACUCUUAUAGCCAGCGAGCCGGGCGGCGCUUUGGCCAUGGGCAGGGCUGGUUUCCCAAGGGCUCCAGCCCCCCACCCCGGUCUUCAUCUCAAAACGCCCCAACGUUGCUCUCCUCGCCUUGGCGCUGCCCGUCGGCUCGCGCGGUCCCUUCUGACCCUCCCUCGGCUGUUGUUGCUCUCCCGGGUUCCCCCGAGGCGCCCCGCCUGGGGCCCUGCAGGGACAGCUCACCGUGCACCUCUCCCCCCUCCCGCCGGCGCCCUGCCGGCUCUGCAAGGCUGUGGCGAGGAGGGGCGCGGUAUCCCUCAGUCCUUUCUCUAAAGAGCCCCUCGGGCCCCUCCCGGACUCUCCCCGGUCACCUCUCCCGGUAGGGCUGAGACACCCCCAGGACCAUUAUCUGAAAGCUGGGCCAGGGGUGGAUGAUGGGGCGGGGUGGGGUAGGGGGACAAGUAGCAGAAAUUCUAGGGUGACAGAGGGGAAUUUGGAAACCAGGUGGGAGUCCGGAACUGGAGGAAUGAAUGGGAGGGCUUCCAGGAGGUGGGGGUGAGGAGUUGGCGCCCCAGCUGGGGGAGGCUUCAGAUCUGAAGCCGCAGCAGGCCGGCCUUCUCUCGGUCCUGCCUAGUAGCCCUGCCUUCCCCCCACCCCGUCCAGGGUCUCACCUCCCAGCCGAUGUGCUUCCUGUGCAUGUCUGAUCCGCCGCCUUCCCCCCAGCUUCCCUGGCUGCCGUUCCCAGCUGGAGAGAUGUCCUGGGGCUACUGACACUGCUCCCCACCUGUGCUUCUCACUGGGCCCCCGGGCCCCCACCUAUGCAACAGCCUGGCUUCCCUUCCUCCCUCCGGCCCUCUCUUCCAGACAAGAUGUGGAUGGUGCAGCUGCCGGGGGACACUGCAGCCCUGUCGCCCUCGGGCCCUGAGCUUUACCUUCCCGCCUGAGAUGGCUGAGUGGACAGAGGCGUGCCCUGGGCAGCAGUGCCCAACCUGCUGCCCGUUUGCUGGGAACGGGGAGUUGCUGAUCUGUGAGGCACAGCUGUGAAGCCGGGGGCAGAGGAAGGGAAACUGUGGUGGUGGUGGUAGGGGGGGAUCCCCGGUUUUUUUUUUUUUUCUGUUUUGACCAUUUCUGCCUAGGACCCCUUACACAGCCAGCCUCACCUUCCACAAACGCAGACUUAGAGAGAAAUCAAGUCCUUUGGUCUAUUUUCUUGGUAGCUUUAUCGAUUGCCAGGGAAAACCAGAAAAAUUAAUUAAUCUCUAAAAUUAAACUUUACACUGAAUGUUCUUGUUUCUCUAAUUAGAACUUCUGCUAGCAACUGUGGCUUGCACACACCCCACACUCAGACGCACGCACGCACUCACACUUGCACGCUGGCAGCCCAGAGUGGACAGAGGGGGUCAGGCUGGACGGUUCAGUGGCUCCGACAGGCGCGCCAGGGCCGUCACUCCAGAGCCCCCUUUGGUGCUCUACCCAGCGCCUGCUGGUUGGGAGGAGUACACCGAGGAGCAGCCCCCAAGGCUGUGGUGGCAUCUUCCCCAUCUCAAAGUAUGUGUGUCUGGAGGUUUUGGUGUGCCUCACCCCAGGAGGAGGGGAGCUGGGGUUCAUCUUGAAUCCAUCUAGCAGGAGCCUGGGGUGGGGACGGUGAACCCCAUGGGUAUGAUCCCGGGGUGCACAGGACACUGGGAGACUGUGUGUCCUGGGGACGAGAGUUUGUGGGGUGACGGUCUCUGUCAAUCGGGUACAUCACACUGUGGCCUUUCCGUUGUGGAUUUCCAAGCGCAAAGAUUGUACAAAUCAAACUGGUGGAUAAUAAAGUUGUGGAUGACUCACUGGC